UGCCCGCCGACAGUGCUUCACCGCCUUGUGUGUGUGCGUGCAUUCUUGCUCCCAGCUAGAUGUAUGCAGCUUGCCGUUUCUCUGAAGUCCUUUGGUGAAAAAGAGCGGCUUUCGUUCGGAGGUUAUCUUUUGUUUAUCAGGUCUGACCUUCUAGCUAGCAGCAGUCAUGUCGAGUGGAGAGUGUUUCCAAUGUGGAGAGUCAGGACAUUUUGCCCGUGACUGCCCAACAGGAGGCGGCAGCUCGCGAGGUCGAGGUGGUGGACGCGGCCGUGGCCGAGGAGGUCGUGAUCGUGGAGGCCCAAUGUGUUAUAACUGUGGCCAAGUUGGUCACUUUGCCCGCGAUUGUGACAAGGAGCCCUCAGAGGAGAAGACUUGUUAUACCUGUGGAAAGACGGGGCACGUUGCGAGAGACUGCACACAAGCACCAGAGAGUGAGUCUCGUGGUGGCUUCGGUGGUGGUGGCGGCAGCGGAGACUGCUACGAAUGUGGCGAGGAGGGACAUUUUGCCCGCGACUGCUCCAAGCGUGGCCAGCGCACCUCGACUUGCUACAAGUGCGGCGAGGAGGGUCACUUUGCCCGCGAGUGCACCAACGAGGCGGCGUCCGGGGGUCGUGACGGUGACUCCGGUGGUUUCGGCGGCGGCUCUGGCUUUGGCGGCGGCGGUGGUGGUGGCUCCCGCUUUGGUGACUCCGGUAGCAACAGCACCUGCUACAACUGUGGUCAGACGGGCCACUUUGCCCGUGAGUGCCCCAGUGGACGCUCCAGCGGCGGUGGUGGAGGUUUUGGUGGUGGUGGCGGCGGCGGUGGUCGCACUUGCUACAACUGUGGCAAGACUGGUCACGUUGCUCGUGACUGCCCCAACGCCAGCGAGGAGAAGAAGUGCUACAGCUGCAACGAGUCUGGCCACUUCGCUCGCGACUGCCCCACCACCGCCUCAUGAAGCGGCUGUGAACGUGGCGCGAUGAAGCAAGCAGUUGCAAGAGUUGGAUUUGUGUAGGUCGUGGUGUAUAUGUGUGUGUAGUCAAACAUGCAUUGUGACUGGAGACACGCCUGCUCCGCGUUGUGUUGGGCAUGCUGGCGGCACCGGCAGAGUUUAAGAGGAGCUCUCUCUCUCUUUCUCCCUAGACUCGCCUCUGCCCUUGUUCAGGUUGGUGUCCGAUGAUGCUGAUGUUGAUGCAAAGCGCGGAAUAUGUGCGUGUGUGCCUUUCCUGCUGGUGCUAUAUCAGCUCUCUGUGCACAGGGCAUACUGCAUCUUUGGUUGGUGGCAGGCAGUUGAUACUCCUGCCAGGGUACCAUACAGUUGCCCUCUCCCGUGUAUUCUUUGUGUGUAUGCGUUUGCAUUGGCUUGUGGCGGUGGUGCUGGUGACGGUGGUCGGUUGUGGAAGUGUUGCCUCUUGGAGGUGCAGGAGGUAUCUGUGAGAACCUUGUUAUUUCAUGCCUUGUUGAGCAUUUGCCCUGUGGCUAUUAGCCGGGGAUUGACUUAUGUUUCAUUAGGAGUGCUCAAAGCAAGCGUUGCGAUUAAUCUGCUAUCUUUACGAUGCCUAGUCGGGUCGUCAUUUUCUCUUUGAAAAAUCAUUCAUUUCCUUUUUCUGCUUAAUAUUAGCUUUUUAUGAGUUAGUAUGAACAUUCAACUCGGCACAUCUGCCCCUAAUGCUUUAUGUGUUUUUACUAGGACAACCUUUCCUCAGCGAUUAGAAUUUUCUUAAUUUCUGUUUAUGGAAGUGGAACUAUGGUGUAAACGUC